AUGGGUUCUCGCAGCAGUCAGCUCACAUCAAAGAAUCAACCGUCAGACAAACCGAAGAAGGACUCAAAUGAACCGGCUGAUUAUACAUGGUUCUUCGAAAAUUAUCCUGAAGAUAUUAAACAAGACUCUUAUAAUGAAAGAUGUGUAACAACAACAUUGCCAAAUGAUCUUCAAAUAGAAAAUAUCGAAUCAUUUGUUAACCAAAAGUUUUCGGAUUUAGAUGAUGAUAUGAGAAAACAAGUUAAACAAUUAAUUAUGGCUAACAGGGUUGAGAAACAAAAAACUGAUCGAAUGUCGCCCUCACCCUCAUACGAAGAACUUGCCAAUGAAAAUAAUUCGUCAUCAAAAGGCACUGAGAAUAUUAUGACAGCCAACGCUAAUGGAGAACGUGGCAUCAACGAAUAUUGUGCUGAUAAUAGCACAAGAAAUAGUCUAUCAGUUCGUUAUACGGAUGCUCAUAAAAUAACAGUUACUUUAAUAAAAAUGCAACUGGAAAAAAGUUCUACAGUUGAUGAAUUGCAAAUCACUGUUGGAUAUAUUAAAGUUACAAGACAAAUAAAGGAUGACUCGACGGAUAUGAACACUUAUUGGAAACGUAAUGGGCCUCGAAUUCAAAGAGCUCUACUGCAUAAACUUAGUCAAAAAUUCGGUAAAUAA